AUGGGAAAUUCCCAAUAUUCGCAGCUGCAAACGGCCGACCCGAGCGAUGCGCUGACGCCAAGUUCCAGACUUCUGAAGUCGACGUCGGUGUUCAACUGUCGGGAUCCGAAAAAGCGGCCGUCGCCCCACAUCGAAAAUGUUGGAGCCCUCGCGCCAGUGCGACCUGGAAUGCUGAUUUCCGGAGGGAAGGAUAGUAUCAUAUCCCUAAACAACCUGGACGUCGGCGACAGUUUGAUGACGUGGCGAGGGCACACAAAAGAAGUGUUAAAGGUGGUCUACCGUAACACAGGUGGGAAGCACCUCGUGCUCUCUGCUUCCCGUGACGAGACCAUUCGAUUAUGGCAAUUCAACGCGGCGUCACCCCAAAAAGUCUACACCGGACAUCGGCUGCCCAUUUCGGGGCUUGUGCUGUUUGAUGAUGGCAAAUUCGUCUCCGGCGGCCGGGAUACAACGCUCCGAUUGUGGGACGUCGAGAAGGGGAAUGUCAUCUGCGAGAAUCAGAUUAAUCGAAAUCUGGUCACCCACAUCGCCUACAAUGCGCAAAAGAAUUGGCUGGCCCAGUCGUCGGAAGAUAAGCACCUGAGGCUGUGGGAUCCGAGGAGCAUGGAAGUGAUUGCAUGCUAUCCGAGACAACUGCAUAUUCAGACCUUCUGCGAAUUCACCCCCGAUGCAAAUAUGGUGAUGACGACCAGUGCCGGCUGGAAUGGCGAUGGCUGUACGAUUACGCUCUGGGACACACGGACCCGAAAAAUCUACAAAGAGCUGAGUGGGCACGACGCUACCGUAACCGGCGUCGCGAAUUUGCAUCAAAACGUCAGCCAGAGGAAGCUGAUCGCCAGCGUCAGCCUCGAUCGCACCGUGAAAGUGUGGAGUCUGGAGGAUGGGGUCUGUCUCUGGACGGAAACAGCGCCGGCUGGUGGUGGAUUGUUGGCUUGCGCGAGUUUUUCGGAUUCCAGCCUCGCCGUAUCUGGCUGCGACGGUCUCAUCGCACACCUCCGACUUCUCGGUCGUGGUGGCCGACCUUUGCUUCACUGCGUCUCCUAUCAAACGCGACGCUACGAUCCUCAAACUUCGCAUACAACAGACUCC